CUUGGACCACUCGUCGACCCUGAUAGAGCAGAUGUCGACGCAUUCAUAGGGAGAGCAAAUAAGGCAUGACAUGCUUGAAAGGUAGUCAUGGUAUCUGGCUUUGCCCAGAAUGCUCAGGCACCCCGCAGAUCAACAACUCGUCUAUUGCACCGUAUUGUGCUUAGCUGGCUAUCAAUGAGGAGAUAUUCUUUCUUUUUCCUUUUGUCGCGCCACCGCGAAACCCAUCACCACCAUCCCUCUCCCUCGAGACAGACCUGGCCCUCUUUGUCACCUUCGACUGCACCUGCAUAAUCGUCUGAGACAUCUCGACGCAGAUGGCACCGAGCACGCCCAAGUUUAAGGUGGCAGCGGCCCACGCCGCCCCUGUCUUCAUGGAUAAGAAAGCCACAAUCAAGAAAGUUAUCCGUCUCAUCGAGCAGGCUGCACAAGACGAAAUCAAGCUGGUUGUGUUCCCAGAGACAUUCGUUCCUGGUUAUCCCUACUGGAUAGAGUGUUAUCCCCCGCUGAAACAGGUCGGCGCUCUAGCCAAGUACGCCGAAGAGAGCGUGGUGGUUGAGAACAACAACGAAGACGUCGGCGCCAUUCAGGAUGCCUGUCGACGAUCCAGUGUAGCUAUCAACCUAGGUAUCUCGGAACGCAUGGCUGGCGGCCACACCCUGUUUAAUUCUCAGGUCAUCAUUGACAGCGAUGGCUCUAUUCUGGGCGUCCAUCGGAAGCUUCAACCGACCUAUGUUGAGCGUCUGGUAUGGGCCCAAGGUAACGGCAGCUCUCUUCGCAAUUGGCCUCUCUCGCUGGGGUACAACCUUGGUGGGCUUGCUUGCUGGGAGCACACUAUGAAUGGAGCCCGACAGGCCCUCAUCUCGCAGAACCAGCAUAUCCACGCUGGUGCAUGGCCGGCACUAUCAACCAUGGCAGGCUUCGAGGCCGUUGCAGAUGCACAGAUCGAAGCAUUGAUGAAGACACACGCUCUGACCGCACAGGUCUUUGUCAUCACCGCAUCAAACUAUGUCGAUGACACCUGCCUUGACUGGAUGAAGGAGAAUCUGGGCGAGCAGGAUCUCGUCAAAGCUGGUGGGGGCUGGUCCUCUGUUCUGCAUCCAUUCUGUGCGUUUAUUGCUGGUCCGCAUACCGGUGCUGAAGAGAAACUUGUACAGGGUGAGGUCGAUAUGUCCGAGCUGGGUGCGGUCAAGGUAUGGAUUGAUGCUGCUGGCCAUUACCAGCGUCCAGAGAUCCUACAGUUCAACUUCGAUUCACGCCCACUCUGGGCAGAUGAGAAGAAAAGAACUUUCAAGCCCCGAUGGGAGGAUAAGAAUGGGUCCGAAGAUGUCGAGGCUGAUUUGAAUUAAUGUUUUGUUCUUUCGGACUCUGUAAGUUUCAAUUAGCAAGCAAUAACGCUAAGUAACGACCUCAUGUUGCGUUGAAUUUUUGACAUUAGCCCUAGCAAGUUUUACGUUUAGUCGAGCAGAAGCAAACAUGAAUCUUUCCGGACCUCUUUCCCACGGAUUCGGUACUGUUUUCAGAAACUUUUAUGCACCAAACUGUGAUACUUUCAAUUCGAGUAACCAUGAUGAUAGAAAGAAUAGCAGUCAUACAUGUCAGUCGUAAUGGGUGGUUUUGACCAGCUACAACCGAUCAAAAAGAAACCCCCCUUCACCGUAUGGAUCUUCUGGUUCAGAGAUAAACACAUGACUUCCAACAUAAUACGCAUGGCCUUCUACCCUGACCCUAAUAGGAGUCGAAAGCAUACUCUCCUUCAAAUACAACUCUGGCACCUCCUCCACCGCAGUCCCCACAAAACCCCCCUUCCCCU